AGGGGGUGGAUGUAUGAGGGUGAUCCGUUCCAGGCCUUGAGGGAGAGGGAGGAGGCGAAGAGGGUGGCGGUGAAGAAGAGGGCGCAGGUUCAGGCUGCGAGGGAGAAGCAGCUGCAGGAGCAGGCGAGCUUUGGGGGGGUACUGAUGAGGGGACCGGGUGGGGGGUCGGGAGCGGGAGCGGGAGGAGGAGGUGGUGGGGGGGCGAGUAAUUUGAUGAGGGGGUGGGCUACGGUGCCCAAGAUUGAGAUGGGUGGGAAGACUAGGACGCAGCUGGAGGAGAUUUUGAGGAGGGAGACGGUGUGGAAUCCGCAUGGGGUGGUGAUGACGGAGAGGCAGAAGGGGGAGAUUGUGAGGGAGUUGAAGGGGCUGGGGUUUAGGCAGAGCCAUGUGGAGGAGGCGGUGGAGGAGUGUAAGGAUCGGGAGGAGACGUUGGAGUGGUUGUUGGUGCAUAUUCCGGAGGAUGAUUUGCCUAGGUGGGCGCUGCCGGAGAAGUAUAGCGCGGGAGUUACGGUUGCUGCGACGGAUUUGAGGAGGGAGGGGGCGAUCAAGCGGUUGGCGGAGUCGGGGUAUUCGGUUGAUUUGUUGCUCUUGGCGAGCGGGAGUGGUGAGCAGGAAAAGGCGCAGGAGGAAGAGCUUGAUACCUGGAGGGACUCGGAUGAGUGCUGGGAGGAGGAGAUGGCUACUCUCGAGGCGAGCUUUGGUGAUCUCUACUCGAGCAGCUCGCCUGAGGUGUGCAAGAUUCGACUGGAGGGGGUUGUUAACGGGACUCACAAGGAUGUGGAGACAUACUUGCAGUUCCGAAAGUCGCCCGAGUAUCCUGCGCAGGUCAUCUUGGCCAUCGAGGCCCAGCUUCCGGCGUACAUCAAGUUGAGCAUCAUCAAGAAGGCGUUGGCGUAUGCGAGGGAAUCACUGCAGGGCGAGGAGACCAAGAUUUAUUUUAUCGUGGAUUGGAUCCAGCAGAAUAUCAACGAGAUUAUCGAGAAGCCAGGCGCUUUGAGAGAUGUUGCGGCAGUGGCAUCGGCUGCCUCAGAAGUACCAAGACCGGUGGUCAAGUCAUCACGGAAGCGGCAACGGUACCCGAAGCCCAUCAAUUGGACACCAAACCCGCAGAGCAAGCAGGAGUGGUUGGCCCGGACAGAGGCUCCCAACUACAAGAAGAUGGCGGCGCAGAGAGAAAGACUGCCGGCUUGGCAAGUCAGGCAGAGAGUUGUCCAGACUGUUCAGCAGAACCAAGUCACCAUCAUUUCUGGAGAGACGGGUUCCGGAAAGUCUACGCAGUCUGUUCAGUUCGUUCUGGAUGACCUGUACGAUCGGGGUCUUGGGGGGAGUGCCAACAUUAUCGUCACCCAGCCCCGUCGUAUCUCUGCUCUCGGUCUUGCCGACCGUGUGGCUGAGGAGAGAUGUACUCAGGUUGGGCAGGAGGUCGGUUUCUCGAUUCGUGGCGAGCACAAGACAAGCCCGAGUACCAAGAUCACUUUUGUGACCACUGGUGUGUUGCUCAGAAGAUUGCAAACUUCUGGUGGCAGGGUUGAAGAUGUGGUGGCAUCUCUGGCUGACGUCAGUCACAUCGUUAUCGAUGAAGUCCACGAGCGUAGCUUGGACACGGACUUCUUGUUGAGCAUUGUUCGCGAUGUUCUUUACAAACGGAGAGAUCUCAAGCUUAUCCUCAUGAGCGCCACUCUUGACGCGUCUUCGUUUAGGGAUUACUUCAUGGUAGACAAGCAGAACGUCACGGUCGGUCUGGUCGAGAUCGCGGGCCGCACAUAUCCUGUCAAUGACUUCUACCUAGACGACAUCAUCCGUAUCACUGGCUUCAGUGGUGGAAAUCUCGGUGGUAGGAACGACUACUACGACGACAGCGCAAACCAAGCGUCUGGCAGAGAUGUCGACCCCGUCAACAAGAUUAUCCAGAGACUGGGACACCGGAUCAACUAUGACCUGCUUGCUGAUGUUGUCAAGGCAAUCGAUGAGGAGCUGUCAAGCUUGCAGAAGGCCGGUGGUAUCUUGAUCUUCUUGCCCGGCGUGGCAGAGAUCAACAGAGCGUGCAACGUCCUGCGAUCAGUCAGCUCUCUUCACGUCUUGCAGCUUCAUGCCUCGUUGGAGACCAAGGAGCAAAAGAAGGUGUUCUUGUCACCGCCACCUGGCAAGAGAAAGAUUGUCGUCGCCACCAACGUUGCUGAGACGUCCAUCACCAUCGACGACAUCGUUGCCGUUAUCGACAGUGGUCGUGUCAAGGAGACGUCAUUUGACCCCCAGAACAACAUGCGGAAGCUGGAAGAGACUUGGGCUUCUCGGGCAGCUUGCAAGCAGCGCCGUGGCCGUGCCGGUCGUGUGCAAGAGGGCAACUGCUACAAGCUCUACACACGAAACCUUGAGCAGCAGAUGGCUGAGCGGCCUGAGCCUGAGAUCAGGAGAGUUCCUCUUGAGCAACUGUGCCUGGCUGUGAGAGCGAUGGGUAUCCGUGAUGUCAGCCAUUUCUUGUCUCGGGCGCCGACGCCCCCUGAGGUGACAGCGGUCGAGGCGGCUAUCAAUAUGCUUCGUCGGAUGGGCGCUCUGGAUGGCGAUGAGCUGACGGCUCUUGGUCAACAACUGUCCUUGAUCCCAGCUGAUCUGAGGUGCGGUAAGCUCAUGGUUUAUGGUUCGAUCUUCGGCUGCCUCGACGACUGUGUCAGCAUUGCCGCCAUCCUCAGCACCAAAAGUCCCUUCUUGUCGCCGCCAGACAAGCGUGAGGAGGCCAAACAGGCCAAAAUGCGCUUCGCUAGAGGCGACGGUGACCUGCUCACUGACCUCCGCGCCUACCAAGAAUUCGACGCCAUGAUGUCGGAUCGCGUGCCUCAGCACCGCAUCCGCCAAUUCUGCUCCGAGAACUUCUUAUCGUAUCCCACCAUGUCAGACAUCUCUUCCACCCGCACCCAGUUUUACUCCAGCUUGACCGAGAUGGGGAUCAUUCCCCGUUGGUAUAACCCUCAAGCCUCACAGCAACAACAGCAGCAGUCGAUGGUCCUCCUUCGUGCGUUGACAGCCUCUGCAUUUUCCCCACAAAUCUGCCGCAUUCAGUUCCCCGACAAGAAGUUUGCUGCUUCCAUGGCUGGUGCGGUGGAGUUGGAUCCCGAAGCAAAGACGAUCAAGUACUUUGCUCAGGAGAGCGGGAGGGUGUUUAUCCACCCCAGCAGCACGCUGUUUGACUCGCAGGGGUUUUCGGGGCACGCGAGCUUUGUGUCGUAUUUCAGCAUGAUUUCGACGAGCAAGAUUUUUGUCAGGGAUUUGACGCCAUUCAACGCUUACACCCUCCUCCUCUUUUCUGGCGCCAUUGAACUCGACACGCAGGGUCGUGGCCUGGUGGUGGACGGUUGGUUGAGACUGAGAGGCUGGGCGAGAAUCGGUGUCUUGGUGUCGAGGCUGAGGGGCGUGAUCGAUAAGCUGAUCGAGACAAAGGUCGAGAACCCGGGUGUGGACUUUGACAAGCAGAAGCAGGAUGUGAUCAGGUUGGUGGUGAAGAUGAUUGAGUUGGACGGGAUGGAUGCUUAG